CCCAAAUUUGCAAAAAUUGGAGUUUUCGCCGUCCGUCUCACCAUUGUGACAUUAGAAGCUAUCGGCGAGGAUCACGAGGCUGCAGAACCACUCGUCGGUAGAAUGCGCACCGCUAAUCGACAAAUUAUGUGCUUACAUUUAUAAAUAACUCAAUUAGUAUCUGUGAUAGAGGAAGUAUCGGGGAGCACGUGUGAUGAUACGAUUUUUUAUUUUUGCCAAGUAAGAGUUUAAAAAAUCUCCUCAAAAGUUAGCUGUCAUCAGCUAAUAUUGGGAGCCGUUGUCAGAGAAGGGUUAAUUUUACUGAUUAGAGCAUCCUGCUGGAUUCAGCUAAAUAAAACCAGCAGAUUCCACUUUGAAAAGAAGAAACAGCCUUCUUCACGAGGGUACUAGCCAUUUAAAGCUUGGUCGUUUUAAACACUGAAAAUUGGUAAGGUCAAAAUUUGUUUUCCGCGAGAUAAUUAUUCAAUCCCCAGGUUAAUUUUUUUGGUUACGUAGUCCAUAUAUAGGCUACUCCGCAGCAAACUUCCACUACCCAACUACUCGGCCAUUAAGAUAAAGAUUCGAAAAAGGGAUUUUUAUAUUUCCAUUUUGCGCUAAAUUUGCACUUUCUUCGGGUUUAUAAGACUUUUUAAAUCCUUUUAAGUAUUACAUCUACAACUUUUGCUUUGCUCCCAUUUAGGCGUUACAUUUUAGUAGUAUUUGUAUUUAUAAAAAUACGUGGAUAGGGUUACUGAGGGCUUUAAGCCACAAAGCGGUAUUUUCCAAAGGUAAGAAGUUCAGCAUGUAUUAUGUUUUUUAUCGUAUCAAAUUUACAGUAUAUGCUUUUUUGAUAGCUCGUCGAGGGAGCUUUCAUAUGCUGCCAGCUACUUGAAGUGUGCCUCAUCCAAUUGAAAAAAAUAAGAAUAUAACGGGGGAUAGAGAUAAGAGAGGAUUAUGCAAGAAGUUAUGGGUCGACCUUUACUUGUUUUGUAACAAGUAAUUUAGAUAAAAUCUUACCUAUGUGAUACUAUCUGACCUGUGAGCGAAAUCAAAAACGCAUAAACACUUGAAAAUUUACAAGGCAUUAUCAGUUUUCAUUUGAGCAUAAGGAAUAUGAUAUUUAAAUUGGAAAAGAAUCUACAUAAAUUGCAUAACUUUUCCUUCUACUGCAGAUAUGCACAAUUAUAACCGAUAAUAUUGCGGAUAUCGGGGAUUUAUUGAUUCAUAAACUUCAACAAAUGAUUCAUUUGGUAUUGUAACAUAUUCUUGCGUAAUUGCGGGUUUUAAAUCUUCCAGUGUCGUCAACUGUCUGGCGUAUGCUUUAUACGGUACGUCCACAAGAAAAAUCCAUUGACGUCAAGCUUGGGGAAAUGGCCAGUGCAUUAUAUGAGACCUUGUCGAACUCACCCAUUUGAAAAAUUCUCAUUAAGGUAGUUCUUACGAUCAAGGUGGUCGUCAUGAAUAUAGUGUGCAGGUGCUUUGCUCUGUUAAAAAUUGAAUUUGCCAUUAUUAAAGUUUCUCGAAUGCCUUGUAAAACUGAUUUGUACAGUAAAUUUAGGUAAUUGGCACCUAUCGCUGUAAUAUAAAAGUGGCUCAAUUUUUUGCAAAAAAAACCGCAUUACUCUCAGCUCCUGGUAAAUUUAUAUGGUGUUUUUGCAUAACACGUGAAUUUAUGGCCGUCCUAUAAGUGCAAUUAUGUGUCUCCAAUUGCUUCAUCGGUUCAAAUAAUCUUCCACAAAAACAAUGCAUUUUAUUCACAUUUUGCUAAAUACUUAGCAAAUUUGUUUUUGCAAAAAUUGUUAGCAAAGUUGUUUCCGCGAUCUAGAUAAUCUUCCUUAAUAACAUAUAUAAACGUAAUUUUCUAAUUUUCCACAUUCGAUGGAUUAAUUUGUCUAUUUAAUUCUCAUACAUAUAUUUAGGAUGUUUCACCAUAACCUUCCAGAACAUUGUCUAUAAACCUCCUGAACGGUUUAAAACUUAUCUUUUAUUCGACUAAUUAAGCGUAAGUAGAUCUAUCUGAAGUUCCGUGAGUAUUGUGUGUAUUGCUUUUAUACUUCUGUUAUAUAUUCAUACUUUCAGUAGCAUUUCAAAAUAAAUUUUUAAAAAUUAAUUUAAUCCACUUUUUAUUUCCGAUUAAUAUAUAUCCUGAAUAGAAAAAAAGGUUCAUCCAUUCGGUGUAUCCAUUUCUUAAGGCACCUUGCAUACUCUUUUAAUAUUCUUCUAACCCAUUAAUCCAGGUAUCACAAGCUGUCAUGUACAAACUAGUGACAUUCAGCCUUCAAUCUUUAGAAUAUGGUUCUACAUUUCGUAGAGAUUUUAUGCAUUGGUAUAGAAGUUGGAAGUUAGAAAGUUUCGUGGUUGAAUUAACUUGAAAUAGCUAAGCGAUCCAAAAUCAUACCGCGAAGUGCGAUAUUUCGCAUUAUGUGGUGUAUUCACAUUACGUACAAAAUUUUGCAAAACUUGCAAGAACAAGAAAAUUACUGCAAGGGUGUAACUUAGCCGACCUGUAAACUAAUCGAGCUUCCAAGUGGACUAAAACUUUUUGUUUUAUAAUUACUUAAAUGUUGCAUAUUAAAAAACAGUGAUAUUUGAUUUUUCUUAUCGUUCUUGCAAACACGAAGAGGCACGAGUGAAGUAGCUGGUAGCAUAUUGAAGCGCAUGCCAAAAGCUGGUAAGAGAUUUUAUAUAAUUGUUUGUGCAAAUAGUAAACACCACGUGUGUAGUCCCACACAUAAGCCUGUGACAAUAUACAAUUAUUCAUUCCCCUUCUAAAUUGUGUCCCAAAUGCAAUGGAGCUGUGUCAUUUAAUUACAUUUCCGUGAUUACUGGGUCACAAAAUGCAUAACAUUUUGCGAUGAGAGAUCGACCUAAAUCAAUUACAGUACUUCUUGAAUCCUGUAUUAAAUCCAGGUACGGCAAUGAUACGGAAUAAGAGUCAGCAGCAGAAAAUAUCAGAUUACAAGACUGAUUCAAUUACUUGAAAUUGGCACACCGAUGAAGUGCCUCAUUCAACUUCUAGCAUGGGUUUGCAAGGCCGGCAAUGCAAAACUAACCACAGUCGCUUUUCGAACGUUCUCACACUAUAUGUCGCAAGUGUCGGUCGAAAGCUUUGCAGCCAAUUUGAGCAAAUGUGAAGCCGACCUUUGCGCGGAGGAAAAAAUGAUCAUUUUGGAGUUUAUUUUCCGCUUCCUGGAGACAAAAAGUUCGAAAACAUCUACGCUAAUGGAUACUUUAAAGCCUCAAACCUUCGAGACACUUACGACUUUGCUCACAGCAAAGACUGGAAUUCUCAGCUGGGUCUCGAGCAACUGGGCUCAUGUUCUCAAAAUAUAUUCGUUGGAAGAUUUUGAUAAAAUCGUUAUGCCCCCUUUGCAAAGGCAAAUGCUUCGCAGCCCCGAGGUCAUCAUUGCCACGUUGGCCGACAUUUUCUCUGGUCUGGCUCUCGAUUUGAGUUCUUCUGCGGAAAAAUUGGUAAAGAUGUGCGGCCCUUCAGUAAUAGCCAAUGAUGAAGGAAUUCAAAGAGCAGGGCGAGCCGCAAUAUUGGCUUUAGCUAAACUGUGCCCACAACAGCAUGCUGCUAAGACGCUACUUACUUACCAACUGGGCGUGCUUGCAGGGAGCGAAGGCAAGCUUGCCAGUACCUCACAGAAGCUAUCAAUAAUAGCCACAAUUCGAGAGACAAAAACUGCGUAUGCAAACGAUACGUCUUUAUCAUCAGAACUAUUGAGUUGUAUACUGCGGGGCAUGGCGCCUCUGCUCAAAAGCGAAGUCAGUGAACCAGUCAUCCUCGAAAUGCUACAAACCAUUGCGGAGUGGUGUUCGAGUGUGCCUCUUAUACCCAAAGAACUCAUUUCUAUUAUAGAAAUCGGGCUGCGUCUUAAAACAAGUAGCACUUCUAUACAGGUGGCCUACCUCAACUGCUUCCUUUCUGGCCUUACGGAUGCCUCACCUUCCUCUAUCCAACAGCCCAGUUUUAUUAAAACACUGGAAGACGUUUUGCGGACUUCACAGGGAAAAUCGGCCGUUGUAGCAAUUUACCCAUAUUAUAUCGCCACUGCUUGUGUACUUUACAAAUUGGCAUCGAAAUUAAAACCUAGUGAUGAAUUGGCAAAGUUACUUUCUCAAACGACCGAAGGAGCCGAAGCCUUACCCUACUUAGCGGACAAAUUUAUUUUUUCUACGGUGUCGGGAAACCCACUUUUAGAACAUAUGGCACUUGAGUUAGUGGAGAUGUUACUGCGCGAUGGAUGCCCGUUUGGAGCAUGCUGCCCGGUGCUGUUGCGCACUUUGACCAGCUCAAACAGGAAUGUACGAACAAAUGCCAUCCAGGUUAUAAAACGGAUCUGUUCUCCACAAGGCGAGCACAAGUCGGGUGGCAUAAUGCUAGCGUUAUAUUUGCUUGAUCAUAUCGACGUGGUCGCAUCAGAAGUGACUGCGCCACAAGCAAUUAUUGCCAUUGCCGUAAACGAAGCCUAUGACCGCAUGCAGAGUCUUCUCAUUGCCGAAGAAGCUAUAUUAGCUGCGCAUACUGUUAAGACUCCAGUGUGGGUCAAAAUUUUAGAACAGCAGAAGAUUUCACUAGAAAAUAUCAAUGUAGACAAAUUACUUGCUCGUCUUAUGAAGAGUGAUGAAAUAAUCGACGAGCGGGCACAUAAGUGCAUAGCGUCGUUAGCCAGUUUUUACCCUGAAGUCAUCUUUUCAAGGGUGGCACACUAUUUUGAAGAUCACUUAAAGGAUCCGGCGCUUCUUAGUGUAAGUAAACUUGAAGUGCAAAUUUUUCAUUCACCAAAAGGUGAGGUUUUUGAUAAGACUGUAAUUGGACAGUCCCUAGAAGUGCCCGAGAAGAACGUAAAACGCGAAAGCAAAGCUUACACAUACGAGGAGCAAUUAUUUGAACUUGAACUUAAAAAGAUCAGCGAGCAAAAGAAGGGUAUUCAACUGACGCCGAAACAAAAAGAAGCACUUGUGCUGCAGUUAGAAAAAGAAACCACAAUCCGGCAGCACCUACAGCUAUUGCAUGUGAAAGUUGUCAACUCGAAACAACUAAUGCUUACUCUUCUUAACAGCACAGACCUUCCCACCCACUUGGUAUUCGUGCAUCUUUCUCCCUAUAUGAAGCAUAUUGUAAGACGACUGCUGGCCAUGCUUGGAUCAUACCUUGCAGCGAAUCAUAUGAAAGAUCUUCUUUAUGAGAUGAUUAUAAUUACAGCUCCAACGAAACGAAUAGGCUUAAGCGCUUUCUAUGCGCUUUUGCGCGCAAGAGAUGAAAGCAGAGCAGCUAUAGAUAAUGAGUGGCGCCAAGAGCCGCUUGUAGAUGCACUUCAUCGAACUAUCCGAGAACUCCAUACAUAUAUAGUCAGACAGCAAGGUUCCCAAGAGUAUCAUGAGAUAGUGGCAAAUGAGUUUACUGUGAUGCGCGCUAAGCUAAAUUCACUAUUUUUCAACCUUGUCUUUCCACUGCUGGCACUUAUUUUACAAAGAGAACUAGGUAGCGAAACAAGCAUCCGAUGUAUUCAACUGGCGCAAGCAUAUUAUGUGAAAAACUUCGUUGAUGAUGAUGAGUCAAUGGUGUUGUGCAAUCCCGGCCAUCUAUGUUCUGCAGAUGUGUUGUACACCCUGUUGGUGGUGGGCCAAAAUACGGCCCUUCGUGCAGAUGUGCAAAUUGCAUUGAUAGAAAUAUGUCAAUCACUUUCCGUGUUAAAAGCUGAGCCCGACGUCAUCGAUGGAAUUCUCGAACUACUUUAUUGCCCAAAUGGUUUCGUUCGUACUAUGUGCUUCCGAACUUUACAAGAACUAUUUGCAAGGAAUCAAACUCUUGCUGAGUCUUUGAUCGCAGCCAUAACGAAAAGCACGUGGAUGUUUAAAUGCGAUCCAGAGGAGACUGUACGGUCGGCUGCUGAACAGCUGUGGUUACAGCUGAAUCUACAAGCGAGCCCGGAAUUUUUCGACGUUUUAGUUGAGGGAGCUCUUAAGCCUCAAGCUCAUGCUCGACAGGCGGCAGGACAAGCAUUGAUGACGCUUUCAGCUAUGCAUCCUAACAAGAUUGGAGAGGUCGUAUCUGUACUCAGAGAUCGUUAUGCGACACUCAUAGCGGAUUCAGAGCCUCAAAAGGAUAACUUCGGCCGCAUCGUAGACUUGCAUUGGGUAGACACUUGGUAUUCUCGAUGGGGUGUGGCACAUGCGCUUCGCAGCAUGGCGGGCAGCAUGAAUCAAACAGUAGUGAUCGAUGUGGUUAGCUUCCUCAUUCCUACAGGACUGUCCGAUCCUCAUAGUAAGGUGAACAUUGAAAUGCUGGAUGCUGGGUUAGCGAUUGUAGAUGCUGCAGGCAAAGAGAGUGUGUCACCCCUGCUCAAACUCAUCGAUGAUUAUCUCAAACGCGCUGAACAAACUCCAACAGGAGAUCGCGUACGCCAGAGCGUUGUUAUUCUUAUGGGCGCUCUAGCUCGCCAUCUUGAUAAGAAUGAUAAUCGUGUCAAACCUAUCGUACGGCGAUUGCUUGAACUUCUGUCUGUUCCUUCUCAGUCUGUUCAAGAGGCUAUUAGCGCAUGUUUACCUCCUCUGGCUCCCGCAGUUAAAGGCGAAGCUCCAGGAAUUGUGAACAACCUUAUGGCUGUAUUGCUAAAUUCUGAAAAUUAUGGAGAGCGUCGUGGAGCCGCUUAUGGGCUAGCAGGAUUAGUAAAAGGACUCGGUAUUUUGUCGUUAAAACAGUUGGAUAUUAUGCCUCGUCUUACAGACGCUAUUCAAGACAAGAAGAAUGUUCGUAAAAAGGAAGGUGCUUUGUUCGCUUUUGAAAUCCUGUGCAAUGUGCUGGGUAAGCUAUUCGAACCUUAUAUCGUACAUAUUCUUAGCCACCUGCUCACCUGCUUUGGCGAUUCAAACCAGUAUGUACGCGAGGCAACUGAGGCUACAGCCAAAGCGAUGAUGCGUCACCUAACCGGUCAUGGAGUUAAACUUACAUUACCCAUUCUGCUCGGCGCUCUUGAGGAUGAUUCGUGGCGUACUAAGUGUGGCGCUGUGGAACUGCUUGGCAGCAUGGCCUACUGCGCUCCUAAACAACUGAGCACAUGCUUGCCCACCGUAGUACCAAAACUAAUUCAGGUGCUGAGUGAUUCGCAUGUGAAAGUACAGCAAGCUGGAGCACAGGCUCUCUCCCAAGUGGGUCAGGUCAUAAAAAAUCCAGAAAUUCAGGAGAUUGUCGGAGUACUCCUCGAGGCUCUUCAGAAUCCAUCAGACAAGACACAGUCAUCACUUGCGACCUUGCUAGAAACGAGAUUUGUGCAUUUCAUCGAUGCGCCUUCUCUUGCUCUUAUUAUGCCCGUCAUUCAGAGAGCGCUUCAGGAUCGCUCAACAGAAACCCGGAAAAUGGCUGCUCAGAUUAUUGGUAACAUGUAUUCACUGACAGAUCAAAAGGACCUAAUGCCGUAUUAUCCCUCAAUCCUACCGGGCCUCAAGACUUGCCUCCUUGAUCCUGUGCCUGAAGUGCGAACUGUAUCUGCGCGAGCUCUUGGUACAAUUGUCAAAGGUACAGGAGAACAAUGCCUGGACAACCUAGUGCCAUGGUUGAUGGAAACUCUUACUUCUGAGGCUUCUCCAGUGGACCGUUCCGGAGCGGCACAAGGACUUGCAGAGGUUAUGGGUGGCAUGGGCGUGCACAAGCUACACGUUGUCAUGCCUGAGCUUAUUGAGUCUGCCGAGCGAACCGACCUUGAGCCACAUUUCCGUGAUGGGUAUUUGAUGAUGUUUAUCUACCUGCCGUUGGUAUUCCACAAGGGGUUUACAUCCUAUAUAGCGCAAAUCAUCAAUCCGAUUCUACAAGGUUUGGCAGAUGAGACAGAGUUUGUGCGCGACACGGCACUUCUAGCCGGGCAACGCAUCGUGGCUAUGUAUGCGGAAACGGCAAUUCAGCUGCUGCUACCAGAACUCGAAAAAGGUCUUUUCGACGACAAUUGGCGCAUUCGUUUCAGCUCGGCUCAGCUUAUUGGCGAUUUACUUUAUAAAAUCUCUGGCGUCUCAGGUAAAAUGACAACGGAAACCGCUGACGAAGAUGAUAAUUUUGGUACUGAGCAAUCCCAUACAGCGAUAUCCGGCGCACUCGGUGUCGAACGAAUGAAUCGCCUCUUCUCUGGACUUUACAUGGGCCGUAUGGACACGUCUCUCAUGGUGCGGCAGGCGUCUAUACAUGUUUGGAAGGUCGUGGUAUCGAACACUCCGCGGACACUUCGCGAAAUUCUUCCGACAAUGUUCGGACUAUUGCUUGGCUUUUUAGCUAGUAACUCACAUGACAAACAACAAAUAGCAGCUAAGACACUCGGUGACCUUGUACGUAAACUUGGGGAGCGCGUUUUGCCUGAAAUAAUGCCAAUCCUUGAGAGAGGCCUCGAUUCUAAGGAUGCAGAUCAACGGCAAGGAGUGUGUAUUGGUUUGAGUGAGAUUGUAGCCUGCACGCCACGCCAGAUGGUGUUACACUUUCUCGACAACCUGGUACCAACUGUUCGCAAAGCGCUUUGCGAUCCGCUCAAGGAGGUUCGUUGCGCAGCAGCGAAAACAUUCGACAGCCUUCAUACAGCCGUUGGAGCCCGAGCCCUCGAAGAAAUUAUCACCCCAUUAUUCGACAACCUGGAAAGUGAAGACAGGCAACUUGCAGAGGAUACCCUUGAUGGCUUGAGACAAGUAAUGAUGCUACGCUCCAAGUUUGUGCUGCCUCAUUUGGUACCUCAGCUGACACGGCCACCUGUAAACACUAAGGCCUUGUCAUACAUCUGCUCCGUUGCACAAGGAGAAGCUCUUGUACAGCAUUUUGCCAGAAUUUUGGACGCGUUGUUGGUGAGCUUCAGCCAAGCUCUAGAUACUCCUCAAGAAGUGGACGAGUUAGGAUAUUGUCGGGCUGUCGUGCUAGCCACUCAAGAACCAGAGUGCAUUCAGGUAAUCGUAGAUACCCUCCUUUCUGCGUCAAGAACCAGCAAUCUCCGCAUGAAGCGAGCUUGUGUGGCUAUAUUGUGCGCAUUUUGUACCAACACAAAGAGUUCACUCGAAACACACUUUGCAUCUUUAAUGCGGGACCUCAUUCGGUUGUACCUCGAGACAGACCUUCAUAUACUUGCAUUAGCAGCUGAAGCACUACUUGCACUAGUGAAACAGCUACGCCCUGGUGAGGACGGCGACUACAGGGUUAUGGAAAUUAGAGGAGCCGUACGUAGUGCAGCACAGUCACUCAAGAAAGAUUCUCCGUACAGCAAUCGGUUGGACGGGCCACUUCUUCCUGGCUUGUGCACUGCAAAGGGCGCCGAGCCACUCAUCUCCAUUUAUAAGGAUGUACUAUUGAAUUGCUCGCCAGAGUUGAAAGAAGUGGCAGCAGUUGGCCUUGGAGAAAUGAUCGCGUUAACGGAUCCGCCAUGCCUGUCUCAUCGGUUUGUUAGCAACUUCACGGGUCCGCUAAUACGUGUAUUAGGCGAUCGCUAUGCACCUUCAUUAAAAACAGCUGUGUUACACACUUUAACACUUUUAUUGAAACGAGUCAGCGCUCAGCUCAAGCCGUUCCUCCCACAACUAUAUUCGACAUUCACCCGAGCGUUGGCGGAUGCCCACCGUGGGGUUCGACUGCACGGCGCAGUUGUUCUUGGCUGUCUCGCAAAUAUCUACCCUAAACCAGCGGCCAUUGUACAGGAACUACAUAAUCAGGUGAAGACGGUGGACGAUCCUUCCUUCCGCGAGACACUACUAUUUGCGUUGCGUUGUGUUCUUGAACGUUUACCAUCGGCAACAACCACAACAACUCAGUUAACAGACGUACAGCGUCGAUCGCUUGUACAGAGUUUGGCUGCGUACGGAACAUCUGCCGAAGAUUCCUGUCGUCGACAAGCUGCGGCCUGUUUGGGGGCCCUUUGUAACGCAUUGCCAUCAGAAGAGCUGACGACUAUUUUAUCACAGUACAUAUUCGAGAGUCAGCCUGGAUCUGAAUGGACGGUUACCCAUUUUCGUGCCGUAAGCCUUCAAGUUGCGUUAAGACUUGCUCCUGAAACCAUUGUGCCUAAACACCUCAGGGACCUGGAAACGUGUUUACUGUCACUGUUGGCAUCCCAUAAAGGGGCAGUUGCAGAAACCGCUUUAAGAGCGACAGGCUUUUUACUACUACACUGCGCCAAAGAAGGUCACGAAAUACCAGUAGCGUUACUUACAACUUUUGCGAAGACGAUGAACAAACCUUCUACUGAGUUGAAGCAGUUGUUGGGUGAAGUAGUCCAUUUCGUGUGUGUGCAUUGCGAUUUACCCGUUUCAUGUGCUCGCAUCCUGACGCCACAUCUCGUAAAUGGAACAAAGGAAAAGAAUACUGUAGUACGGGCGAAUGCUGAGUUCGCUUUAAUAGCCAUGCUGAAGAUGACCGGUAGUCCAGCGGAUGAGAAAAGCGAGCUGAUGUGUGCUCUUGAAAAAGUACUGGAUGGGGGAGCACGGGAGACUCUUAUCGAUGUUUACAACAAGACGCUUGUUCGGACAGCCCAAAAAAUCCAGAUGCAGCACGGUUCCGUGUGUGCUGGAGCACAGCCCGAUCAUAUUGACGACACGAUGCUAAUGUGAAUGAUACAAAACAAACAACGAAAAAGAAGCCAAUUGUUGCGGUUGACUAAGACCAACUAUGAAGAUAAUGAAAACAAAAUAUCAGGUUUAUGGUACACUUACUAGCGUGCCUUGUUUAUGGUCAUAAGUGGUUAUGAGCAACGCGCAGUAAUUGUAUUUGUUCGAUCUAAACAUAAAGAAACUAAAGCUGCGUAUAAUACGCGCUACUUCAACUAUAAAUAAAGUUUUUUUUUUUAUAAAUUAUAUUACGUGUAUAGUUAUUCAUAACUGUUUUAUCAUGAAGUCUUGACCGCUGAGUGAAGCAUGCGCCAUUAUAUAUAUAAGCGUGGCAUGGGAACAAACAUUGGUGGGCUGUUAGGCAAUGGGUACGCAUUCAACCGCUAUCCUUCGUAUAAGAAGAAAACCUGUGUUGUUGUUGUAAUUUGGGUGAAAUUCCGAGCGUUGGUCAAAUCCUCAUUAAGUUCAAAAACUUUUGUUUGCAAUUUUUUGCGACUUUAAAAGAUUUAAAGGAGAUUUCGUACAAGACAACCCGGAAAAUCGUCAAUGAAUUUUAGAUUUAAAGGCUCACAAAUUUAUCAAAAAAGUUCAACAAGAAAAAUCAAGGAACGUUCUUGAUAUACCCUAAUACAGAAAUUAAUGUUUUUUUUGAGAGGAAAGUAUUCAUUGUUAUUUGGAUUUUCUGGGUCCUUUAUCGUUUUGGAUUUUCUGUGUUCUUUAUCGUUUUGGAUUUUUUGGUCGUUUGAGCCCCUUGAAUUUUUAGAAUUUUCGGGCUGCAUAGGUCAAAAGUUUAAUUUGACAGGAGCAGCGUAAUUUAAGCGAAUUUAUAUCAGCAGAAGCAUAGUUACUACAAAAGAAAUUGCAACGAUAGUUUGAACUAGUAAAUGAUUAGGAUCCUAAGAGGGUAUAUUUGCCAUGAAUGCUUAUUAUCUUGAAUGAACAUGGCCGUUAGACGUGGCACAUGUAGCAGAUUUUUAGAGGAGCGGACUAUGUAGGUCUCUAAUGCUUUUACCCCUAUAAACAGCUAUGAUUGUUGCCAGGGAACGCUUUAUAAAAAAACUGAAUGGAGUUCGGGAGGUCAAAGAUUACAAUAUGUCUGCAGUAUAUCCAGAUGAAAUACUCUUAUGCAUUGUAAAGGUGGGUGUUAAAUGGUUCAAACAUUGGUGCCUGAAAAGUGGAAAACCUGUAUAAUGAUGUCAGAUUAUUGAACCAAUUGAUUGUUUUUCCAUAGUACUGUUGAUGAAGGUUUGAGCUUGGACGACUUUUCUCAGUGUAACUAAUAACAAAAUAUUUGUUUUAGUGAGAAAAAUCAGUACCAAUGACCAGCUUAACGGUCCCGAAGCCUAUAUAACUAUCAUGUUUAUGCAUGAUUCUGGUAUAGGUGAUUACCUACAUAGUUAAUUCUAAUCCAUGAUCGUGAAUAUUUGCAAUAAUGUAUGUGUCGGCAAUAUUGUUUUGACAGGAGGAUAUGUGGAACAGCAAGUGCAAAAAUUCGGUGCCUAAAUCUGAGACCUAACUUAUUUAAAACGUAAGUUGUUCUUAGUUUAGGAGAAGUCGUAGAAAAUUGAACCGACUAUUUUGCUUCUUUAUCGUUUUAUAGAAGCCCGAUUACAUCUCUAACAUUUUUGGGCCAGCUAACAUUUUUUGGCUUCUUUUAGAACGCUCCUUGUCUAUAAAAAAAGUAAAACAGCCAGAUUACUUUCUACCGCAAUUCCAAAACAGAUUAAGAGAAACUUCGUUGUCCGUGUUAAUUAAAAUUACUAAAAAAGAUAAGGCUAUGUAGAAAUAGCAUUUCGAUAGAACAUGAAACAGGAUAUAUAUAUAAAUUGACCCCUUUAAUUGUAGUCGAAACAGAUCUAAUAAUCUGAGUUACACAAUAUUUCUGAUAGGUGAGUAACUCACGAAUUCUAAGUUACGAUGACGUAUUUAAUCGCUGUCACCCUACCAGUAUGGGAAAAUGGGUCUAUACGUACUAUUAUUUUUAACAAGAAAACGUUGAUUCAAGAUUUAAUCAUCAUAAAAUAAUCCGAUUUUUUUAAAUGUAAUUCGUGUUAUCGGAUCAUAUAUAUGUAGGGCCCUUACGACAUGACAUCAUACAGGUACCAUACAUUCAUGUGAGUGAGUAAAUGGAUCUUGGAUCAGUAGUGGUCAUCACCGUAGGCAAUCACCUACGAAAAUCUUGUAAUGAUUUUUACUUCUUCUAAAUUAUCAAGUUUGAUCUUCAUUACAAUAUAUAUUGCUCCCACGUUUUUUUCAAAAUAUUAUCUAUAUCAUUUUAUCCACACGAUCAGUAAAGAUGUCCUCGUUUCAUAAACUGUUUUCUCACGUUCUGUACAUGCAGCAGCUUGCCGAUAUCUAGAUUCAGGGACGAUACAACGAGCGAAAAUCGUCUGAUAGACCAGCACACAAACAACCUUGUUUUAUCUGUUUCCGUCGACGGAAUCUUGUGAGCAGUCCGUGCGAUGCAGACUCAAAGUUAGGAA